CGGGGCCGCCCCCGCGCCCCAGGGGCCGCUGCAGGGCCGGGCAUGCGCACUGAGCGGCUCCGUGACCUGAGGCUUUGCCAUGGUAGCCAGGCGCCCGUGGCCACGCCCACCAGGCGGGGCGAGGAGCCGCAGCGCAGGAGGAGCGCGGACGCGGGGACGCGCGGACGCCGGCACUGCCCGAGCAUGUGGAAGCUGAGCCGGGGUCGGGUGCUGCUGGACGAGCCCCCGGAGGAGGAGGACGGCCUGCCCGAGCUGCCGCCGCCCGCACUGGCCGCCGCCCCCGCGCAGGAGGGCUCAGAGACAGGGUGGCCAGCCUUAGAGACACCACUGGAAGAAGCCAAGGCCCCAACACUGGAGUCAGUUCUCUGGCCACGUGCUUACAGGAGGAAAGGCUUAGCUACGCCCGGGAGCCCCAGAGCUGGGGCGCUGGGAGCCAGCUUCCGAGGCUGGAAAGAGGUGACUUCUCUGUUCAACAAAGACGAUGAACAGUACCUGCUCGAAAGCCGCAAACCUCCCAAGUCCAGAGGAGCUAAUUCACGGCUAAAAGAAGAGUUGAAGACAGAGAAGAAGUCUGGGUUUUGGGACAGUUUGGUCUUAAAACAGAACACACAGUCCAAGAAGCCGGAUGAGAUUGAAGGCUGGGAGCCUCCCAGGCUUGCUCUGGAAGACGCAGCAGCCAACUCAGGGGACGCCCUGGGCAGCUGCCCGCCCUGGCCAGAGUGGGAGGAUGCCACCAAGGGCUCCACCAAGUACACCAGCCUGGCCAGCUCAGGGGGCAGCUCCCGGUGGAGCCUCAGGUCCGCGGGGAAGCUGGUCAGCAUCCGCCGACAGAGCAAGGGGCACCUGCGGGACGGCUGGGAGGAGGCCGAGUGAGGCUGAGCCGUGGCCGCGUCGGCGCCCUAGAGGAGGUAGAGAAGCCACUCUGUGCCUGACCUAAUGCCUGAAGGUGACCUGACCUCCACACUGUGCCGUGGCGCCUGCGCGGGCUCCGUCCACUGCCUCACCACAGCGACGCUUGUCUGCGCGUCGCCGCUGUCUGCCGAGACCAAGAUGAGGGUUUCUGCGCUGACCCCAGGGAUGGCUGUGCCGCUGACCACAGCCGUCUGCCCCUCCUACCUCCUACCUGCUCCUGCAUGCAACAUGCGUGUCCCAUGUGUGACACGGGAAUGUAGCAGCCAUGCAGUUGCCAGAAAAUUGCAGUUCAGGAAAUGAGAUGAGUCUCCUGUGUAACUCAACAAAUUAAACUUUUCCCUCCUGAAUUAAAAACCUGUAGACAAGUCACUGAAAAGCAAGGCUUAAGUUUGCACACUCGUCUGCUGCUGAGGGGCGACGGCCUCCGUGCACCGGAUGCAAUGAUGGCUCUUCUGGGAGUUUUAUUUUUAUGGCUCCUGAACUUUUAACUAUUUAUCUUUAUUUUCUUUGAAAACUGGCUCUCUUUUUAUUUGCAUAUUAGAGCAAUGCUAUAAAGUGUGGGUACAGGUCCGUCACUUUAUGACUGAGUUUUGUUUGGAAGACGUUAAGCUGCUCACUGAGAAUUAGAACUGUGUGUGCGCGCUGAAGUGCCUCUCUGUCGUGCCCAAGUGAGCCGUCUGUGUGCCUGGUGUCAGCCAUGGGGAGCUGUGUUUCUCCCACACAGCCAGCCCCAGGUCCUCAGCCUGUAUCCCAGAUGUUGGAUGUACACGUGUGCUCCUGGUUGUUUCGGUUAAAAGCAAAGGCUCCCGUUGCAUGCUGGGGCUGAGCUCGGAGUCAGGGUCAGCGCUCCCGAGGGCCUGUGUUCUGGCAGAACAAGGUAGACCCUGCCAUUCAUCACCAGUGUCUCAUCCGUGGCUGCUUUCAAUCAUCUCUGUCACAGCUGUGUCCCUGUUGUCUCAUCUUAUCCAUGGGGUGGUGGAAAAUGACCGUGGAUCAACCUCUCAUCCGUGGUCUGCAUCUGUGUCCCUCUGUUGGCCUGCCACCUGAGUCUGGAUCUGUCAGUGAUCUAAAACUCACUCAUCUGUCACCCAUCUGUCAUUCUUUGCUAGGACAAGAAGCUCACUUGGGAAGGGGACAUGCUUUAAAUGGUGUUCAGAUAAUUCCAGUUUGUGCUGAAUCUUGAAAUGCUGCAUUGUAGGUUUUCUCUGUUUCAUAAGCAGAGGAAAGUUUUGGAUUCUUAGGGUAACAGUGGAUUGGAAAAUCCCGCGAGCUCAGGUGAAUGCUGGUGUGAAUCCCGGGCAGCCCCGGCCAGAGCCGUCCUGUGUGGGAACUUGAACGCCCAGCCCUGCCGUGGGUACGUGGGGACUCCAUGCCCUCGUGCUGAUGCUAAGUGCCUGCCGCCCGCCUCCCCGAGUGACUGAUGUGCAGCUGGUCUCAACACUGGGACGGGCAGACUGGGGCAGCAUGGGCACGCUCUCCACAGAGCCAUGUGUCAGUGGUUGUCCUUCCUCUUCAACUAAAAUAACUAGUUUUCAUACAAGUACUGGUUGGUGUGCUCUUUUCUUGAGAGAACCUGCCAAGUCGCUCUGGAGUCAUCGAGUGGGGCUGUGGCCUGGGGCCUGGCUGUGGGCGGCCCGUGUGCUGCCUCCUGCAUUUGUUCUACUAGCUUCGGUGGUAACAGUGAGGUUUUUAAAAAUAAAACUUGUUUCUGAACUCUCA